GAUAUUAUGAUACUACCUAUUGCUGAUUCUGAGCUAGAUACUGGUUUAGUAGUAUCUCUUUUAAAGAAAUCUGUAAUAAGUAUGGGUAUAGCGUUAGGCCAAACUAUUAAUGUAUACAUGUUCAUAGUAUCUAAUAAGAAUAUACUCCCAGACUCUGGAUCUAUCUCUUCUGUUCAGUUCUUGAGAGCUGCAACCAUAUGGUAUGACACUCGCGUUAGGACUACUUUUGGCUCACUUGUAAGAUGUAGGGAUUGUGAACUUAUUGUAAGUAAAGGGUUAAAACUUAUGAAUAUAGAGAACUAA